CUGAAAAUAAUUGAAUGCAUGGCAUUUCAUUUAUGCAACAUUGAAAUUCUCAUGUCAACCAACAACUACAGCCUGAUUGCCUGGAAAUACCUAUAUAGGCAUGACUGGUACCUAGCCUAGUAGGCACAUAGUAAGACAUUACAUGCCUAUCUAAUAUACAACUCGACACUAUUUCUUGAUUUAUCUGCUGUCCAUCUUCCAACCCACUUUCUGGCUAUGGCGCCUCUCGAAUCCCGCCGUCGGUCGAGGGCCCGGUUUGAAGAAGAAAACGGCGGGCAUUCUUCCGAUUCGGAUACCGCAAAACGACGAAAGCGCACUAUCAAUGGCCUUAUACCAGAAGAAGUCGACGACCGAGUUGAUCUCGAAGCCGAAGAUGAUAUCGAGGUCGACCAGAGCUACGAUAAUACUCUGCGAGAUAACGAGGUAAAGCCUUCACCUCCAUCCUCGCAGUCGCAGCCUGGUCAAGCCAUCAACCCAUUCCAGUUCCAACCUGGUGCUAUCGUACGAGUUCUUCUCGAGAACUUUGUCACCUACGAACAUGCCGUCUUCAAUCCAGGCCCCAAUCUCAACAUGGUCAUUGGCCCCAACGGCACUGGCAAGAGUUCUCUGGUUUGUGCUAUUUGCCUAGGCCUAGGCUUUCACCCCAAACACCUCGGACGAGCGAGUAGCAUGGGAGAGUUCGUGAAGCACGGAAAAGAGAGCGCUAUAGUUGAAAUCGAAAUACAAGGUCGGCCAGACCAACGUACCAACCCGGUAAUUCGACUACAGAUUCGCAAAGAAGACAACAAAUCGAAGUGGUGGCUCAAUGGGAAGGAAGCCAAUCACCAAACUAUUAAAAAUGUUACCACUGAUCUGCGCAUCCAGAUAGAUAACUUGUGCCAGUUCCUCCCCCAAGACAGAGUUGCUGAAUUUGCUGGUCUUACUCCCAUCCAACUUCUUCACGAGACCUUACGAGCGGCUGCCCCGGAGCCUAUGAUCGAGGCGCACGAACAACUUAAAGAGCUUCACAGGAAACAGAAGGAGGUGAAAGCUAGACUCGACGACAAUGCUGAGACCCUGAAGAACCAUGAAUCUCGUCAGCAGGGGUCGCAGGCUGAUGUGGACAGAUUGCGCGAAAGAGAAGCCAUCCAAAAAAAGAUUGAAGAUCUGCAGCUUGCUCGUGCCCUUGCCGAGUAUAACAAUGCUCGGCGGUUAAUGAGCGAAGCUAAGCAGAAAAAGCAUGACGCCGCCAGGAAGCUAAAGGAACUGGAACGGGCCUGUGGGCCUGCCUUGGAGGCCGUGAACAAAAAGCAUGAAUACAGUCAGAGAAUAUUGGCUGUUGUAGAUGAACGUAAGAGAGCGUUGAGGGAAGCUGAAGCAGCAUGUGAAGAACUUUACCAGGCUAUUGAGGCCCAGGACGAACGGAUUAAGCAUCUUCAAAAUAAGAAGACUGCGGAGGAAGGUUCGCAUACUGCCAAAAAGACCGAGAUAGCCAAGAUACGAAGAACAAUCACAGAUCUCGAGGCUAAAUUACAGAACAAGCCCCCAGAGUUCGUCGCUGCUGACUGGAAUCAGAAAAUUCGCUCAGAAGAACAUGUCCAGCGAGAGAACGAGGCGGAGAGGCGUCAGCUAGAUACCCAGAGCGAGGAGCUGAUGACACUUUUCAGGAGAAGUUCCGAUGGGAAGAGGCACAAUGAAAGAGCUUUGGAAGCCUUGAAUUCCAAAGAGGGCCAGAAACUUGCUCAGUUAAGAAAACUCAGCCCAGAAGCCGCCAGAGGCUGGGAAUGGCUUCUAGAACACAAAGACGAGUUUGAAAAGGAAGUUCUUGGCCCUCCGAUGUUGAACUGCUCUGUUACGGACAAGCGGUAUUCAAACCAGAUCCAAUCACUUCUUUCAAACGACGACUUUUUAUGUUUUACUUGCCAGACUCGAAAUGACCACAAAAAGCUCAGCAACCAUUUCUUUAAGCACCUCGGAAUUUCAGUGACUAUAAGGACAUUCAUGGGCGAUCUCGCCUCUUUUCGACCCAGAGUCCCCAAAGAACAGGCUCGCACGAUGGGCCUUGAUGGAUACGCAAUCGACUACCUUGAAGGCCCAGAGCCAAUUCUGGCAAUGCUCUGCUCGGAGAAGAAGCUACACGUCUCUGGAGUUUCUCUCCAAGAUGUCACUACCGACCAGUAUGAACAGAUUGCGAAUAGCGAGGGCAUACCUAGCUGGGCAACUGGCCCUAUAAUGUAUCGCAUCUCAAGACGAAAGGAAUAUGGCAGCCAUGCUGUCUCGACUACUACUAGGAAAAUCCCUCACGGCCGUUUCUGGACCGAUCAACCUAUCGACAAUGCCGAGAGAUCCACCUUGCAAAGGCAGAUCAAUGAGCUAACUGCUGAAAUGGAGGAACUCCAAAAGCAAAUGGUCGAGAACAAGAACCGCACCAAGGAGAUGGAGGCUACUGGGAGGGAGAGCCGAGCGAGAGUAGAUGCAUUACGGAAUGAGAAGAACGAAUUGCAAAAAGCUGCUACGCAAUACGCAACCCUCGGGGACAAAAUAGCGGCCGAGAGACUGCAAUUGGAGAAUACGCAGAAAGGACUCGUUGAAUGCCGCAAGAGAAUAUUCGAAUACGGUGCACAAGAAGAUGAGCUUAUCGUGAAGAAGGUGAAGUCUGUCCUUCAGCACAAGGAAAGGCUUUCUCAUAUUCGCGACGCGCAUCAAGCACUGUUGGAGACUCUGAUCCAGCUUGUUGAGGCACAAUCAGAUGUGAAAGGGCUAGAAGAACAGAAUGCCAGCAUCAAACAACAAUUAGACGACAAAAAAGUCGAGAUCGAGACUCUGGCAAAGGACGCGGACAGGUUGAAAGCAGAGGCUUCACAUGCGAGACAUUUAGUGGAAGAGGCUGUUGGUGUAGGUGGUCGCGAACGAUUCGUCGAGCUGAAUGCCAUGGUGGAGGGCAAAACGGUUGAGGACGUCGACAAUGAGAUUGGCGCUGAGUCUACUAAACUCGAGUUAAUCCAUGGAGUCGACCCAGCCAUCCUGCGACAGUACGAGAAGCGUGCUCAGGAUAUCCAAGAACUUAUCCGCAAGAGGGAAGAGAUGAAUGCCAGGCUCGAGACCCAUACCCGAAAGAUUAAGCAAGUGAUGGAGCAAUGGGAGCCCGACGUUGACAAGGUCAUUGGUAAGAUUAACGAUGCCUUCAGCUAUAAUUUUGAGCAAAUCAACUGCGCCGGCGAGGUUAGCAUCCAUAAAGACGAGGAUUUCGAGCAGUGGGCCAUCGAGAUCAAGGUCAAGUUCCGCCAAAAUGAGACCCUACAACAGUUGAACCAGCACCGACAGUCAGGCGGCGAGAGAGCCGUGUCCACAAUCUUCUACCUGAUGGCACUGCAAUCGAUGGCACAAGCACCGUUCCGCGUCGUCGACGAAAUCAACCAGGGUAUGGAUCCCCGCAACGAGCGCAUGGUACACGAGCGCAUGGUCGAGAUCGCCUGCCGCGAGCAUACCAGCCAAUACUUCCUCAUCACGCCCAAGCUGCUUACCGGCCUGCGCUACGACGAACGCAUGCGCGUCUUGUGCAUUGCCUCGGGCGAGUAUAUGCCUGCUGUCGAGGAUGCGAUGAAGCUGGACUUUGCUAGCAUAGUCAACAUCCAAAGACGCCUUGUCGCGGCUGCUGCAUAGUCGGCUUCGGCAAGUAAUAUUUCGCGUUGGUAUUUGCCUUUCAGAUUGUUAGGCAAUUCAAGGGCCUGACACUCUACUGCUUUUCCUUUUCUCUUCACAGAUGGAUUGCCUUGCCCUGAUGUCUACGAAUUGAUGAAUAUGAAGUAUACACAUCGUGUUCAAGGAGUUAACGGGGAGUGGAAAGGGUGGUCGGGUUGGUUGGUAUGAGGUAUCUCUUACCUGCCUGCAUAGUAGGUAACCUACCUAUACACCCAGGGAAAUCGAUGGUAGGGGCGGGGAUAUACCAACCCGCCCCUCCAUUCAUGAGGCUAUAAACAGGACAGGACAGGACGUGGUAGGAAGGUAUUAAAGGAAGGACAUGGAAGAAGCAUCGCUGCUGAUAUUCUGGUCCAGGGUGAUGUGAUGGAAUGGAAACUAGUUUCGAGGUUACUUGUACGCACAUGUGUAUGUACCUACUUUGAGCAUCUCAACUUUUCACGUACCUACAUGUACAUCUAUUGUAUGUACAUACCUAGGUUAGGUACGUAUGCAGGCACGUAGGCACGGUACUUACCUAUGCACGAGCCCACUAGUUAAUGGCCUAUGUGUGUAUGUGUGUCUCCAUAGCCAACACAUGAUGUGUACCUAUAUAAUUUCAAACCUCGUCUCGC